UUCCUCCUUUAGGGCCUGCUUCAGGUUCUGGCUCCUCCCCUGUAGCCAGAGCCAGCCUCUUAGCCAGAGCCAGCCUCUUUCUCUCCACACAGGACAGCACUGCUUCCUCACGAGUGCAUCUGUUCCAGCCAUGGCCGUCUUUGUGCAGCUCAGCACCAAAGCCAAAAUGCCGCUGGUGGGCCUGGGCACUUGGAAGUCUCCCCCAGGCAAAGUCAAAGAAGCUGUGAAGGCCGCCAUUGAUGCAGGGUAUCGCCACAUUGACUGCGCCCCUACCUAUCAAAAUGAGAACGAGGUGGGAGAAGCCAUCCAAGAGAAGAUCCAAGAGCGGAUUGUGAGGCGGGAGGACCUCUUCAUUGUUAGCAAGUUGUGGUCCACAUUCUUUGAGAGAAGCCUGGUGAAGGAGGCCUGCCGGAAGACCCUGAAGGACCUGAAACUGGACUACCUGGACAUCUACCUCAUUCACUUUCCACAGGGACUUCAGGCUGGGAACGAACUCAUCCCCAGAGACGAUAAAGGCAAUAUCCUCCCCAGUAAAGUAACAUUCCUGGAAGCAUGGGAGGUCAUGGAGGAGCUGGUCGAUGAAGGGUUGGUGAAAGCCCUUGGUGUCUCCAACUUCAACCACUUCCAGAUUGAAAAGCUCUUGAACAAGCCUGGGCUGAAAUAUAAACCAGUGACCAAUCAGGUGGAGUGUCACCCAUACCUCACCCAGGAUAAACUGAUCCAGUACUGCCACUCCAAGGGCAUCACAGUCACUGCCUACAGCCCCCUGGGCUCUCCAGAUAGACCUUGGGCCAAGCCAGAGGACCCUUCACUACUGGAGGAUCCCAAGAUCAAGGAGAUUGCUGCAAAGCACAAAAAAACCGCAGCCCAGGUUCUGAUCCGGUUCCAUAUACAGAGGAAUGUGGCAGUGAUCCCCAAGUCUGUGACACCAACACGCAUUAUUGAAAACUUGCAGGUCUUUAACUUCAAAUUGAGUGAUGAGGAGAUGGCGGAGAUACUCAGCUUCAACAGAAAUUGGAGGUGCUGUAUUAUCCCUGGCAUGUCGCGAUUGGAGGAGUAUCCUUUUGAUGCCGAAUACUGAAACUGAAUCACGUGAUUAGACGACCAGAAAGACUGUCUUCUCACUACUGAACUCACUCCCUGUGAGGCCUGUUUUGCCAAGCUUUUCUGAACCCAUGUUGUUUCUGAGCUCACUGCAGGCAAACUUUAGGCCAUGCCUAACUGGUAGAGCCUGUGUUCAAUCAGGAGCAGACAUCCUUGCAAAGCGUGACGCAUGACAAUUUUUUUUCACUUAUUUGAUCUAUCUAGAUGUUUGUUAAAUGCCAGAAACUCUGUUAACAUUGAGGGUGCAAUGAUUAAAAAAAUAAAUAGUAACCACAA